AUGGAUGUCGAAUAUACAGUUACAGAAAAUCUACAUCGUAAUCGCGGUGGUCAAUUAGUACAAAUUGAUUAUCAAUUUGACGAAACAACAACUAUUGAAACAACAUCAACAGCUUCAUCAACAAGUAUAACACGACAAAAUAAAGAAAAACGAAAUCGUACAUAUGAUGCAACAAUAACACGUGAGCAAUAUCAGAAUCUUGCCAAUCGUCUUCCAAAUCCAUUACCAUUUGAAGCAUUUAUUAAUGUUUUACGUCCAUUUAUUAUGGGAUUUUAUACAAGUGAUGAACUUGAACGUGCCUUUUCUACAUUAGAUCGUGAUCGUUCAGGUUCAAUCCAUAUCGAUGAACUAAGUUCAUUUUUACCGAUAUUAAAUGAUACAAUCAAUGGCGAUGCUUUACGUGAUUAUAUACGUAAAGUUGAUGAAAAUUUUGAUGGAAAUAUGAAUUAUGAUGAAUUUCGUUCACUUGUUUUACGUGGUAUUGGUCGAGAUAUUAUUUGUAAUCAUUUAUAA